AUGGUGCGAGGUGAGCUCUACUGGGCUGGGGAUGAAGACCUCCAAGCCAACAGAACACGAUGCAAAAAGGCUUGCGAAGCGUUCAACGCAGCAGCCCAUGAACCAAGACGCCGCCAAGUCGAGCUUUGGAGAAGCAUCGUCGGAGACACUCGGUCGAUGCCACCUGCCAGAAGCGAUCCCAAGGAAGAUGAAGCGCUCUUUUAUGAUACGGACCCUCACGUCGAUCGGCCUAUCUCAGUUGACCACGGGAUCAACUUUAAGGUUGGCACUGGGACUUUUCUCAAUUUCAACCUCGUUGUUCUUGAUACCUGCUUGAUUACGAUCGGAAACAAUGUCUUGUUCGGCCCCAACGUGUGCCUCUACGGCGCCAUUCACCCACUCGACCCAACUCUCCGGAACGGAAUCAAAGGUCCCGAGGCUGGCAAAGAAAUCCAUAUUGAAGAUGACGUUUGGAUCGGUGGGAGUGUGCUCGUUCUGGCUGGAGUCAGAGUUGGCAAAGGCAGCACUGUUGGGGCCGGGUCGGUUGUAACCAAGGACGUGCCACCGUAUCAUUUUGUAGCGGGAAAUCCGGCCAGGGUUAUCCGUCCCAUUGAAACCAAUUUCGCAUCCAAAUGA